UAGAUAUGAUGUCAUCGCCCGACGCGGAACAGAAACAGUUACCUCUGUUUGAUCAGCUCUCUCAGCAGCAGACCAUCAACACGAUGAGUUUCAGCGUGCUGGACGAGCAGAGUUUCCUCCGCUGCUGUCGUCUCCUCCUGCAGCAGUCUGAGACGCUGAACGACGGCUGGAGCUGGGAGGAGGUGCAGGGUUCAAAGGAGGGAUACCUGAAGAAAACUGCUGUCAGGUCUGUCCUUAUCGACUCGAGCACUGAGUGGGACCUGGAAGGAUCAAACCCAGCCUUAAACACACACACCUGCUGUCUGGUGAAAGAGGAGGACCAGUCAGCUGCUGCUCCAGGUGAUGAAGACGAUGAGGUUACAGGUGACAUGGAGGAUGAAGAUGACGAUGGAGUCUGUGUGCAGUCUGCAGGUAGCAGCGUGGUGCUUCAGUACGAGUAUCACAUCCUGUUCUCCUGCAGUUACGGCACUCCUGUUCUCUAUUUCAGAGCCACCACUCUGGAGGGGCGGAGCCUGUCGUUAGAGGAGGUGUGGAGCUCAGUCCAUCCAAACUUCAGACUUCGACUUCAGACGAGUCCUCUGAAUGCAAUCACUCUGCAGGAGCAUCCUCUGCUGGGUCAGCCGUUCUUCAUGCUCCAUCCCUGCAGAACUGAAGAGUUUAUGAAGCCUGUGCUGCAGGCCGCUCACCAACAGCAACGAGCGGUGAACUACGUGCUGUCCUGGCUCAGUGUGGUGGCUCCUCUAGUCGGCCUGGAGGUUCCUCUGAAGUACUGCACCUCGCUCCAUCCUGCGGCCUCUCCAGACUGACAAUGCUCCUGCUCUGUUUCCUCCCUGACAGCAUUGCUGUGACUGCCUGAUGAAUACUGGGCAGAUAAAAACCACCUUUAACAGCCAAAAUGGUGGUUUUACAACUUUUGUCCUCACAGGCAUCUCUGGAGUUGCCUGAGAGCCGCUGGUGGAUCACUCAGCUCAGAUAUAACCCCUUUAUUAGUGUUUAACCCUGAAAAGCUCAGGUUUAUACUGAAAUUACCAGACUAAUUUCAAAUCCUGCUUUGCUUUAUAGACUCAAGAAAAACUUUCCAGAGCAGAUGAUGGCAAAAGUGUUUUAAAUCCCUGCUGGAAAAUGCUGCUGGAUAUGUUUCAGGUCCAGUAAAUAUUCCUGAUAUUUAAAGAACUCAUAUUUUACACUUCUAAGACAUGUUUAUUUUGGUCUCAGGGGUCUCCAAAACAUGCCUGUGAAAUUUGUUGCCGAAAAAAACACACUCCAAUAUUGGAUUUUUGCAUUUCUGUAAACCCCUCUAUGAUGACACAGGUCGAGGCAGCUGAGAGGAGGAUUCAGAGGGCUGAGCUUUCUUCCAAAUUUUCUAAAAGUUGGAGCAUGAAAGAGGGCGAAGGAAUGGAUUAUUCUGAUUCUUGGGGGGGAUUGUGGACAGGGUAGGUGCACAUAUGUUUGUUAAAAAAUCAUAAAAAUGUGUAUUUUGCAUAAUAUGUGACCUUUUAGGUAUAGGACCUUAGUCAUGCUAAUUACAAAAAAGCAAACGUUUGGCAUUAAAAAAUGAAAGACAUAGCCUGUUAUGUGUCCAACAUGAUGUUAUGUUGACCACCUGAAUGUUUGAUAUAUUCACACGUACAAUACAAAAACUGUGACCCCCUAGUGUUUUCACAUUAGGUUUGACUGUUUCUUACCGAUCCUGAGCAUGAUUGCUCCCCCUUGUCCUCUCCGCUGCUGCUCUGCUUCCACAUUAGUAACAGUCUGAUACAGUAGUUGGGUUGUGAAUCCACCAAGAAAAAGAAAGAGAAAGAGGCAGCCAUUCAGGCCAGCACUUGUUUAUGCUUCUUGCAGAUAAUGAAGUCCAUCCUGCUACUCAGGAUGUUUUUAUUAUUUUAAAAAUGCCAACAACAAAUCUCUUCCUACUUACAGCUACCAUGCAGCUCAGAGGAUGAAAUAGGCCUGUACUGCAUGAACACAAUGGUUUUUGAAAAGAUGGGAGACAAUUUACAACUGUACUUGCAGACAAAUACCCCGUACUCGAGCACAACUGCCUCUACAUCUCCCAUGUACCGAUCUCCAGUACAUACGAUCAAAGGAAUUGGACUCACGUGUACUCAGGGUAUUUCUCUUUUUAAUAACCACAGCCUCAAUCAGACUUUUUCUGAAACAGCUGAUGAUGCAUCCAUGAUUUGUAUUGUUCGAAGAACUUAAAGACAAAACAAGCCUGUGUGUGAAUAGUUCAUUAAAUUAUCUUGACUAUAUCGAUUAUUAAAUGUCACACUGAUUUGACUGAUGAAUUUAAGAGUGGCUCGUUCCCUGCGUGAAACCAAACAACCACUGCCAGUUUUAAAAAUCCAUAAUUGUAUUUAUGUAGGUCUAAAGUCUCAAUUGAUCACAUCAUUGUGGUUGAACAUUGUAGUUUUCUACCAACAAUUUUCGG